CACUCGAACUUUAAUAAUGAAGUAAUGAAAAUGCGUGUCGAGGGUAUUGCUUUUUUCUUACAAGUUGUAGCGGUGUUGCCGUUCUUCGUUUCCGGGCACUGGGAUGAUUCGGUUCACCCGCACUUCCCACGAAAAGUAAAAAAACGUUCGACAGAAGAGAAAAGUGAGGAAGACUCGGCAGAUUUUUGGAUUCGGAACGCGCAAGAAGCCGUGAAAGAGCGUCUGCUGCGAAGAGCCAACGAAAAUAUCGCCAAAAAUGUCAUCCUUUUCCUUGGCGACGGCAUGUCCAUCCCCACCAUAUCAGCAGCACGUGUAUACGUAGGGGGUGAAGAAAAACAAUUAUCAUUUGACACAUUCCCCUACACUGGCUUAUCUAAAACCUAUUGCAUCGACCAUCAAGUCGCCGACUCCGCAUGCUCCGCCACAGCCUACCUAGGCGGAGUAAAAGGCAACUACGGCACAAUCGGCGUGACAGGAAACGUCAAACGUGACGAUUGCCCCCCCAUGCGCAACUCAACAAAUCACGUCCUCUCCAUAGCCCACUGGUCCCAGCUAAAGGGCAAAAUGACAGGUCUCGUCACCACAGCACGCGUCACGCACGCGUCCCCCGCGGGUGUUUACGCGCACACCGCCGAACGUGACUGGGAAAGCGACAAUGACGUCAUCGCGUCCAACUACGAUCCAGUCACGUGCAGAGAUAUCGCGUGGCAACUGGUUCACGGCGAAACCGGCAAAAAACUCAACGUGGUUCUGGGAGGGGGACGAGCGAACUUUUUGCCACAAAAUACCAAAGAUGAGGAAGGGUUUCAAGGUAAUCGGGUAGAUAAAACCAACUUGAUUAAAGAGUGGCUGGAGCAGAAAAACCAACUGGGGGCUAAGCCGACGUAUGUUUGGAACAAGGAAGGACUUUUAGGGGUUGACUAUAACCAAACGGAUUAUCUUCUGGGGUUGUUUAAUCCAGAUCAUGUCAGUUUUAACUUGAAACGGGAUAAAAAUAAGGAGCCGUCGUUGCAGGAGAUGACGGAAGCUGCUAUUAAGGUUCUAAGUCAGUCGGAAAAUGGAUACUUUUUGUUUGUUGAGGGGGCUAGAAUUGACAUGGGGCACCAUAAUGCUCAGGCUAGAAUGGCGUUGGAUGAAACCAGUGAAUUCUCUAAAGCUGUCCAAGCUGCGAUUGAUAUGACUAGUGAGAGUGACACUUUAAUUGUGGUGACGUCAGAUCACGCCCACACAAUGAGUUAUAGCGGAUAUGCCCAUAGAGGUAACGAUGUUUUGGGAAUAGCCGGAAAUGCCGAUGACACUAUUCCUUACACGGUUCUGAACUACGCUAAUGGACCUGGGUAUAAAGCUAGUGAAGGACGCCGCCAUGACGUGAGCAAAGAUGACAUGUCCAAUGAAGAGUAUCGUUACCCUGGAAUUUCACCCCUCCAUAUGGAAACCCAUGGAGGUGAUGACGUGGCAAUCUUUGCGAAAGGCCCAUGGGCUCACCUUUUUACUGGAGUGAUGGAAGAAAAUGUGAUACCUCACCUUAUGUCGUACGCAUCUUGUGUCGGCAAUGGUGAAACUGCUUGUGAUCCUCUUGAAAAAGAAUGGCAUUUUUCUAGAAUUAUGAUUUUAGUGAAGAAAAACUCCAAGUAGAUUUAGGAAAAAAAAAGCCGAAAAGUAUUACUUUCCUAUCAUUUUUGAUAAUAAGUUAUUAUCUAACGUAGUUUAGAGUAAAAUGUACCUGAUUACCAGUAAAACGCUGCGCUGUAGGUUGUGAGUUAUUUCUGCCACUAUCAAUGCUUGUAGUAGAAAAACAAGAAAGAAAAAAAUAAUGUUUGAAUAUUAAUACUUUUCAUGAUCUUAAUCAGUAAAUUAAGGACACUGGUUUUUAUUUAACUGUGACCUUAACAUAUUUCGAAAUAUUAAUAAAUGUAUAUCUGUUAUAAUUUUCUGGCCUUCCUGGUUUUACUCUGUUGUGUUUACCUACUUUCUACAUAGAAAAACGUGAGGUUGCUUAAAAAAUAGAUACGUUAUAUGUGUCUAAUUUGCAGAAAAUUUGAACAAUAGUUGUGUUCAAAUAUGCACAAUAUAGCUAGCUAUGAUGAAAUAUAAUGAAAAAUGUGCUAAUAUAUGUGUGUAUAACAUAUUAUUUUUACGAUCAAUUUGAUUUCGAUAUUUUCUUUCAU